AUGACUCUAUCGCGCGUCCGGGAUGAGGAAGCUCUACGCGAAGAUCAAGAACUGCCACCACGCUGGGAAUGGUACGGCAGGCCACGGCUUUUCGGGGUGGCUGGCCAAUCCAAGGGCUCAUGGCCGAGUAAUGCGACUGACGAGGUGGCUAUCCUGAAAGCCAUAGCCCAAAUGUCUGGCGCAACACGCAACAUGAAGGGUGCAGAGCUUAAGGCUCAGGUCGACCGGGACGUCAACGGAGCAGAUCCCAACCGUGAUCAGUUUACGGGAGUGUUCAUGAUGGCAACACAUACCGAUGCUCAUGGCCGCCGGGUCAGUCCCGCGAACUAUAUACGCUGGGCGCUCAACGAGACGAAAGACCUCCCCCCGACUGUCCGAGCCACUGCGUUCAUGACGAGGCUCGUCUGGGAUCAGCUUGUAGAGCUUGAACCUGCCGCAGGCAUGGCAGUCGAAUACGGGGCCGGGCCUAGCGCAUACCGAGCCGACCCUCGACACGAUCCCAGUCGCAACACCACCAGCGGGUUCGCGUACGUCACCAAGGAGACUAUCCCUGCUGGUGGCUUCUUCCAUCCGCCGCAGAUAUUCGAAGACCAACAUAUUUAG